UCGCUUCACUCUCUCUCUCUCUCUUCCCAAGUAUAAGUCCCAAUCUUCCCACCGCCAACGCCAAGGCGGCAACCUUGUCCCUGUCUCUCUACCUUCAUAUAGCUCGCUUGUCAUCAUUUCUACUCUAUAAUAUAAAUACACACCUUAGGAAUAAUUUCUAUUUUCUCCUUUCAUAUACCUCUCUUCUCUUCUGCCAACUCCCUCUUAUUACUCACUGUUACUGCCUUCACUUUCUGUUGCCUUUUCCUUUUUUUGACGCAAUCUCCAAGCUUCAAUCUUCCACCUAUUUUACAUCCUUCUUCCCUUGUUUUUUUUUUCGUGGCUGAUUUUAGGCGUUGCCAGUUUGAAGAAAAAAAGAAGAAAAAGAAGAAGUAAACGAUGUCGUUUAAUGGGGUUGAUGAACGGUUCUACAGGGUGGACGACGAAAACUUGGUGGAUGUUAUGGAUGGAAUUGAUGAGGAAUACCAUGCUGCUGAUGAUGCAAACCUCGAUGAGUAUGAGAUGAUGAUGAAAGUGACAGAUACAUCUUCUUCACAAGCAAGGGAAGGAAAAGAUAUACAGGGUAUUCCAUGGGAUAGAUUAAAUAUAACCAGAGGAAGCUACCGAUUGACUCGUCUCGAACAGUACAGAAAUUAUGAGAAUUUACCUUCAUCUGGGAGAGCUGCUGAUAAGGGGAGCAAUUCAACAGACAAAGGAGGUAGAUACUAUGAAUUCUUUCAUAAUACAAGAGUGGUCAAGCCUACAUUCCUGCAUUUUCAGUUGAGGAACUUGGUCUGGACAACAUCAAAACACGAUGUUUAUCUGCUUGCAAACUCUUCGAUUAUGCACUGGUCAUCAUUACUCCAGAAUCUGACUGAAGUACUUAACUUCUCUGGGAAUAUUGAGCCAACAGAGAGAUAUCCAGGGACCUUGUUGGAAGGAUUUACACGAACACAGUUGAGCACACUGGCCGUGAAAGAUCGUUUUUUGGUGGCAGGCGGCUUCCAUGGAGAACUUAUCUGCAAGUGCUUGGAUAAAUCGGGUGUAAGCUUUUGCACAAGAGCUACACAUGACGAGAAUGCCAUCAUUAAUGCCAUCGAUAUAUAUGACACCUCCAGCGGAUUACAUUUCAUGGCGUCUAGUAAUGAUUGCGGUGUAAGAGAAUAUGACAUGGAGAGAUUUCAGCUCCUCAACCACUUCCACUUGCCUUGGGCAGUCAAUCAUACGUCAAUGAGCCCCGACCGCAAGCUUCUAGCUGUUGUUGGAGAUGCUCCCGACGGAUUACUUUUAGAUGCUCGAAACGGGAGGAAAAUCGCUUCUGUAGCCGGUCAUCUAGACUACUCAUUCGCCUCUGGUUGGCACCCGGAUGGGAGGAUAUUCGCCACCGGGAAUCAAGACAAGACGUGCAGAGUGUGGGACGUGAGAAACCUGGCAUCUCCAGUUGCGAUUCUGAAGGGAAACAUGGGCGCAAUCAGAUCAAUACGUUUCUCAGCAGACGGGCAGUUUCUGGUGAUGGCUGAACCAGCAGAUUUUGUGCAUAUAUACAACACUAGAGAAAACUUCAAGCAAAGGCAAGAGUUGGAUUUCUUUGGGGAGAUAACCGGUGCGUCUCUGAGUCCAGACGAUGAGUCCAUCUAUAUAGGAAUCUGGGACAGGACAUACGCGAGCUUGCUGCAGUUCAACAGAAGGCACGCCUACGAAUAUCUCGAUUCCCUGUGAGUCGCACUCCUUACCUUCUCGACCACGUUACGGACAUAUGACAGGUUACAAAUAUCAUUCCUUUCGUUCUUCGUUGAGUAUUGCCUGCUCUAGGCUAGCCUGAUACGAUAAUAUGUACAGUUUUUAACAUGUUUUUGAAGAAAGAAAGCUUCUUUAUCUUGAAAUGCAAAGAAAUUUUUCUUUGGGCAGUUUGGUGAAAUGUAAGUACCAAUUUACCAUUAUACAUAGAUGAUUUUGCUGAGAUA